AUGUCCUACACAGAACAACAUUUUCCACAAGAACCUACUGGCCCAAAAGUGGUCACCGAUUCUAUUCCGGGUCCAAAAGGCAAGAAAGGAAUUCAGUCUCUUGGCGAAGUGUUUGAUGCUAGAUGCGUGUACUUCCUUGCAGACUACCAAAAGUCGUACGGUAAUUACAUUGUCGAUGCUGACGGAAACACUCUGCUCGAUUGUUACGCUCAAAUCGCUUCUAUUCCUUUGGGAUAUAACAACCCUGAAUUGAUAAAAGUUGCAAAGUCUGACGAAAUGGUCUCUGCCAUUGUCAACAGAGCUGCUCUGGGUAACUUUACGGGUGUUGAGUAUGAGAAGGUUCAAAGAAGUCUGUUGAAGUACGCUCCUAAGGGCCAAAAAUAUGUUUGGAACGGGCUUUCCGGUGCUGAUGCUAACGAGCUUGCUUUCAAGGCUGUGUUCUUCAACUAUCAAUCCAAAAAGAGAGGUUUUGAUAAGCAAUUCAGCUCCGAAGAAGAAGCUUCCUGUAUGGAAAACCAGGCUCCAGGUAAUCCAGAACUCGCUGUUCUUUCAUUCGCAAGGGCUUUCCACGGAAGACUGUUUGCAUCCGGCUCUGUCACAAGAUCCAAACCAAUCCACAAGAUGGAUAUGCCAUCAUUCAAAUGGCCAAAAGCUGAAUUCCCAUCCUACAAGUAUCCAGAAGUCGACAACAAAGAGUAUAAUGCAAAGGAAGACGAGAGAUGUCUGGCUAUUGUUGAGAACUACUUCAAGACUUGGCACUGCCCUAUAGCCUGUGUUAUCGUCGAGCCUAUACAGUCCGAGGGAGGUGAUAACCAUGCUUCUGCCACGUUCUUCCAGGGUCUCAGAGACAUUACCUUGAAGUAUGGCGCUAAAUUGAUCAUUGAUGAAGUCCAAACUGGUUGUGGCGGUACCGGAAUAAUGUGGGAGCAUGAAAGAUACAACAUCACUCCACCUCCAGAUCUUGUUACCUUCUCUAAGAAGAUGCAGUCUGCCGGUUACUUUUUCCAUGACAAAGAAUUGAUUCCAAACCAGCCAUACAGACAAUUCAACACUUGGUGCGGAGACGAGAAAUUGAUAAUGCUCGCCGCUGCCAUUUGUAAGGAAAUCCAAGAAAAAGAUCUGUUGACCUCUAUUUCAAAGACGGGUGAAUUCUUGUUUGGAAAGCUUGAAGAAUUACAAAAGGAAUACCCAGUUUAUCUGCAGAACUUGAGAGGAAAAGGCAAAGCUUGUUUUGUUGCAUUUGACAUGCCUUCGCCAGAGAAGAGAACCGAAUUUUUGAACAAGAUGCGUAUUUCUGGUAUUAACAUUGGUGCUUGUGCUGAAGUCGGUGUCAGAUUAAGACCUACUUUAGUUUUCGAAAAGAAGCAUGCCCAGAUUUUCAUCGAUGUGCUCAGCAAAGUUCUCGCAACCUUGUAA